AUUCUACUCUGCUGUUUACUCGUACGAUGGCUGUACUCCAGAGCCUAAACGUGUGUUCUAGAUUACUUAGAACGCACAGGAUUCAAUGGAUAUCGAGACUGUCGUCUUCACUUAGCCUCAGGGAGACGCUAGAAAGGAUAAUUCCUGAGAAACAGGAAGAAGUGAAAUCGUUUAGAGCUGCGAGUAAAGAGAAAGUAAUAGGCCAGAUAACCGUUGACCAGUUGUACGGUGGCAUGCGAGGAAUGAAGGCAAUGCUGUGUGAGACUUCAGUGCUUGAUCCAGAUGAAGGUAUUCGAUUCCGUGGCUACAGCAUCCCCGAGUGCCAGAAGCUUUUGCCCAAAGCUAAGGGAGGAGAAGAACCAUUGCCGGAAGGUCUGUUCUGGCUGCUGUUGACUGGAGAGAUUCCAACGGAAAACCAGGUAAAAGAGAUAUCCAAAGAAUGGGCAGCACGAGCUGACCUGCCACCUCAUGUCGUUGGAAUGAUCAACAGUUUUCCAAGCAACCUUCAUCCAAUGAGUCAGUUUAGUGCCGCUGUCACAGGCUUACAAUGUGAAAGUCAGUUCGCGAAAGCAUACGCGAGUGGAAUUUCAAAGACGGAAUACUGGGAAUCAACACUGGAAGACACAAUGAAUUUGAUAGCAAAACUUCCUCCUGUCGCUGCAAUGAUCUAUCAAAACCUCUAUCAUGAUGAAGUCGUUUGCCCUAUUGAUCCAAACAAAGACUGGGCUGCUAACUUUGCGGACAUGCUUGGCUAUGGUGACAGCCACUUUGAAGAAUGCAUGAGGCUUUAUCUCACUAUUCAUGCUGAUCAUGAAGGAGGCAAUGUGUCUGCUCACACUUGCCAUCUCGUGGGCAGUGCCUUGUCUGAUCCUUAUCUAUCGUUUGCUGCAGCUAUGAAUGGUCUGGCCGGACCCUUACAUGGACUCGCUAAUCAGGAGGUGCUGCUGUGGGUUACAAAAUGCCGUGAGCAGCUGGGCGAUGAAAUUUCUGAUGAUCAACUGCGUGAUUUCAUAUGGAAAACUCUCAAGUCGGGGCAGGUUGUUCCUGGAUACGGUCAUGCCGUGUUGCGAAAGACAGAUCCACGUUAUACAGCCCAGCAGGAAUUUGCAAAUAAACAUAUGCCCAAUGAUCCACUUUUCAAGCUUGUAGCUCAACUCUACAGGGUUGUUCCUGAUGUACUAAGAGAGCAUGGAAAAGCAGCCAAUCCUUGGCCGAAUGUUGAUGCCCACAGUGGAGUAUUGUUGCAGCACUAUGGACUAACUGAGAUGUCAUACUACACAGUGCUGUUUGGUGUCUCCCGUGCUAUUGGAGUUAUGGCAUCUCUGGUGUGGGACAGGGUAUUGGGUCUACCACUGGAACGUCCUAAGAGUAUGAGCACAGAAGGAUUGAAAAAACUAGUCGGAGCUAAUUGAUGCGGUGGUGACAGUUAUCUGUACUAUUUUAUUUUGUCAGUACAUCAUUACCCAGUACAUCAUUACUGCUGAACAAUUUGUACUUCUUUCAAGAAAUUGUAGUUAUUAAACCAUGCCACAGAAGCCAACUGAAAAUAUAUGUCUUGAAAAGCCCACAAUUUGAGGUCAUUGACGUCA